CCUUACUGUGUCUGCAGUCUUUGGUCAUCUCCUGUGCUAUGUCUGCAGUCUCUGGUUAUCUCCUGUGCUAUGUUCGAAGUCUCUGGUCAUCUCCUGUACUAUGUCUGCAGUCUCUUGUCAUCUCCUGUACUAUAUCUGCAGUCUCUGGUCAUCUCCUGUAUAUGUCCACAGUCUCUGGUCAUCUCCUGUACCAUGUCCGCAGUCUCUGUUCAUCUCCUGUACUGUGUCUGCAGUCUCUGGUCAUCUCCUGUAGUAUAUCUGCAGUCUCUGGUCAUCUCCUGUACUAUGUCUGCAGUCUCUGGUUCUCCUGUAGUAUGUCUGCAGUCUCUGGUCAUUUCCUGUACUAUGUCUGCAGUCUCUGGUCAUCUCCUGUACUAUGCCUGCAGUCUGUGGUUCUCCUGUACUACGUCCGCAGUCUCUGGUCAUCUCCUGUACUGUGUCUGCAGUCUCUGGUCAUCUCC